UCUCUGAGGGUGAAAUGUCGUUUGUUUGUCUUUAUUCGAUGAUUGCAAAGUGUUUUAUUAAAUGUGUCCACUAAAUCAUCACAAAAAUGAUAGAUUCGAGCUUAAUGUGUGUAGUGAAAUAGAUUUGAACGGUGACAAAAGGAAAAUCACAGCGAUAAGAAGAUUGUUUUGAUGCCAUUCACCUAUAUUGAUUUAUCGUCAUGCCAGUGACCUGUAUUUCGUAUUUGUAAUAAGUUACUCGUAAAUAUUUAAUAAACUCAUUAGAAGACAGAGUCCCAAUCACGAGAGAUGAGUUUGCGGUAGUAAUGGAGUGGCAGUGAAGUGUAACAAAAAUGAGACUGGACUUGUUAGACGUAAUGAAAAGAUACUGUUUGAUGUUAUAAAACCUGUGCAAAUAGUUGUUUUCGUUAUGGUGUGUGAACUCCAAAAUGAUGACGCCUAUUGAGGACAAAAAAGAUGAAAAAAUCCGCACCGGCAUGGUGCAGGUGUCGGACGGCAAGUCGCGGCCGCGCGCCGCACGCCUCGUGCUCACCAUGGACGCCGUGUGCGUGCAGCGCGAGGCCUGCGUGCCCGCGCCGGCGCGCGACAAGAGCGUGCCGCACGCCAGGGAGCGUAUGGUCCAAAUAACGCGGCAGAAGGUGGGCGGGCUGGGGCUCAGCAUCAAGGGCGGCGCGGAGCACAAGCUGCCCAUCCUCAUCUCCAAGAUAUACAAGGACCAGGCGGCCGACCAGACGGGCCAGCUGUUCGUGGGCGAUGCUGUUAUCAAAGUAAACGGCGAGUACAUAACAGCGUGCAAGCACGACGACGCGGUGAACAUUCUCCGCAACGCGGGCGACAUCGUCGUGCUCACCGUCAAGCACUACCGCGCCGCCACGCCCUUCCUACAGAAGCAAGUUCCCCUCAUGAUGGGAUACGUGACGAGAUACGUUUUAGGAACUGAUAAGUUAAGACCUGGUGCUUUUGAGGUAAGGGGCGCGCGGCCUCACCAAACGACGGGCGUGAUUCACGCGGAAGACCCCGCGUCGUUGUCGCACUGGCUCAAGAGCAUUUCAGACAACAUCGUGGGCCUGACGAACCUACAGAUGAAGCUAUUCAACCGUGCUCUACCGGCGGGCGAGCGCAUUGAAUACAUGGGCUGGGUGCACGAAGGCGUGGUGUCGGCAGCGCAGCCCUGGCAGACCUACCGGCCCAAGUUCCUCGUGCUCAAGGGCACCGACGUCAUGCUGUUCGACACGCCGCCGAUGAACAUCACGGAGCUAACCAAGUGUCCGGAGGUGCUGAAGGUGUACCAGACGAUGUUCCGCACGGUCAAGGAGAGCGAGACGGUGGACUGGCGCCAGCACUGCUUCCUGGUGCAGAGCGGCGCUGGGCCCGGCGCGGGGCCCGGCGUGGGCCCCGGCGUGGGCCCGGGCGGCGCGGGCCCGCGCUACUUCAGCGCCGAGACGCGCCAGGACCUGCUGCGCGUCGAGGCCGCCUGGACCGCCAACAUCGUCAACGCCGUCGUGCGCCUCGGGAAAAAGACAUUCACAGUGGUGCACGGCGGGCGCGCGGCGGGCCUGACGCUGGACUGGACGGGCGGCUUCUCGCUUAGCGAGGGCACGCCUGGCGCGCCACCUGUCUGGUCCUACAGGUUUUCCCAACUACGAGGCUCAAGUGAUGACGGGAAGUCGAAGUUGAAACUCCAUUUCCAGGACGCGGAGACGAAACUUAUCGAAACUAAGGAGCUGGAGUGCCAGAUCCUGCAGAGCCUGCUGUUCUGCAUGCACGCAUUCCUAACAGCCAAGGUGGCGUCGGUGGACCCCGCCUUCCUCGCGUCCAUCCAGCAGUCCAACUAGCGCCGUAAGCCCGCCCUCCUCUAGUGCCGCGCCCGCUAGUGGCAGAGUAAAUACAAAUGAGUAGGUCAUCUUCAUAGAAACGCACCGAGCGCGGUUUGUAUGUGAGCGCGCCAAUAUACGUAUGCGGCGCGCACGCACACACUGACAUAAUUCGGCGCAACCAAGACUGGCUCCCCGCUAAUUCACGCUAAAUUUUGUCAGUGUGUGCGUGCGCGCCGCAUACGUAUUGGCGCGCGCGUCCGGUGCGUUUCUAUGAAGAUAACCUACUCAUUUGUAUUUACUCUGCUAGUGGCGGCCAUGUUUGACAAUGGCGGCAGAUUAGGCCACGCCCACUCGCCUUUAGUACUGCCGCACACUUGUUUAAAGUAGGACUGCCAGUGUAGGCCAAGUUUUGCCUACUUUGGGUUACCAGCUCGAUUAAUGUUGAGCCAUAAGUGGUAAGCGGUGUAAUGGUAGUGGCGACCACGUUAGAAGGGAAUAUGCAUUUGUAUUUUAUCAAUUUAGUGAUGGAAGGUGAUUCGAGCGUGUUCAUGUAUGAAGGCUUUAAAUUGAGACGGCUUUGAGGUAUAAAUACGUUUAUUUCAUGUUGUAGUAGCCUUCGUUCUUAAAGUUGUUAAAUAAUAUGUUUUAAUGCAUAUUCCCUAUUGGCCAAUGGCUAAUUCAGGCCUAAAGCGACAACUUUUCUUUGUCGACAGUUAAUUAGUGGCGGCCCGUAUAAUACUUAGCUUAUACUUCAGGCGGCUUCUAGUGGCGUGGGCAGUAUGUACCGCGGUGUGGCGGCGUGUAACAUCCCUUUCGGUCAGUCAAUUGAUAACACUUAUGAGUCAAUUGAGCAGGUUUUAAAAAUCGCUAAGAGAUUUUUAUUUAUGAAAAACUAUCUUGUAUGCAGUGUUGCUUUUAUUAUAGUUUUAUAUGAUAUUUACUAUUGAUUUCAAUAAUUACUAUUGAAUUGAAAAUAAAAUUAAUUAUAUCGCCUAAAUUCCUAGGCCUAAAUCAUCUGGUAACUGAAACAGCGAAUGUUGAAAGACUUUUAGAUUUUAACUUGACUCCAACGUUGUUUCCUCUACAGAUCUAUUUUUGAAUUUUAUCUCGAUUGUUAUAGGGGUCGGUUUGUGCGCCCGCUCUGGGCAUAUUUGACCCUUCGUCUUCCUUGUACAUUCCCUCUCGUCUUUAAGAUCUAUCUUACGGUUUGCUUGGACUUUCAACUUUAAACCUAAUACUCAUUCCCAUAAAGUCUCAUUCAUCGAAUCGUCACGUGUGUUAGGAGUGUUAAAAUUGCCAGACAAAUAAUAUAUUUAAUCGUGUGAUUAGGAGAAGUAUUAUCUUCGAGUAGAAUGAUGUGAAAGUAAUCUUAAUAUAAAGGAACGAAAAAAAAAACGACGGGAAUAACGGUUGUUUUUCUACAAUAAUGCGAUGUUCAAAAUAUAAAGCUCACUUUUUGUAUGUAGGAUUUUUUUAGGACUCUUAUCGUAAGAUUCUAGCUUAUCUAUGCUGCUAAAUUAUGAAGACUUCUAUUAUUUUUAGUUUAUAAAUACGCGAGCUACUUUGGCCUAACUUAAGCUGAUAAGUAUUUUAAAAAUGAAUCUCAUAAUUUUAUGGUUUCUACAGAUUUAUUAGCUUAUGAAAUAUCCGUUUUCCCCGUUUUUCUGAAAUCUCACCAGUAAUAAAAAUGCCAAAGAUUUUAUCUUCAGAUGAAUCUUACACUCAUUUGUAAUGUGAUAAAAAUGGAUUAUCAAUUAAAGUAUUAUUUUAAUUACAGAGGCUAAUCUGGACUGAUAUUAUCGCUACCAAAUAGUAUUGUUUACAUCAUGUCUAACAUUUGCGGUAAUAUAAUUAUAUAAAAUAUUAUGAAAAUAAACUUUGCGCUUGCGUCAUAUCAUUAACUUUAAGUGAAAAUUAUAGAUCUUAUAUUAUAUUGCUAUACGUUAUGGAUAUAUGCGAAAAAAUUGUGUUAUAUAUUUGUUUGUUAACACAUAUUUGAUAUUUUAUCUUGAACCAUCUGCCCGGUACAAAAUGGCUUGAAUAUAAAUAGAUAUUAUCUUUUAUUAUAUUAUGGAACAUAUAUUACGUAGAUAUUAUUAUACUUUAGUUGUUAGUUUUUUAGUGUGUUUUAAGAGAGGUCUUUCCCUCAACACAAAAUUGUGAAAAUGUCUGUAGGCGAUAUUAUUUUAGAGUUUACCUGUGAAGUAUAUUGCAUGCCUUUUUGACGGCUCCAAAUUAUUAGAAAAUUAUAGCAAUAGAAUUGUGUUAUGUCAAACAUGAUUUUGAUUAUUAAUUAUUGCGAAGGAUUAGAAUUUUAGAGCGUGACUGUUGACUUCAAGAUUUUGUCUGCCACAAUUCUAUAGUUAUGUUAAUAAAAAUUCUAUGUGACGUUCGACAGCACAUCAGACUAUUAAUUGUUGUCGUUAAUAAGCACUUAUUUGAAUUUCGUUAAGGUGCCACAGUGCUUAAUUUGUUGUGCUGCCGUCACACAAAAAAGAUAGAAAAUAACUUGAAUUUAUUUUUUGUCUGUAUAUCUCUGUCACUCAUACCAUCCUCUUCUCGAUAUGUGCGGGAGAGAUGGACAAAUAAAACAUACACGAAGAGCAUUUGGGAGCUGGUCCUACUGAAUAUUUGUUUUAGAAAGACUUUCUAGACUUCUACGAAAGAUGAAAAUAUGAAUUUGAUGGUAUUUGAGAACCCUUCAAUUGUUCAUGCAUCAAAAACAUUAUGAUAAACAAUUUCUUCAAUGCAUGAACAUAACCAGAAUAACGUAUUUAUAUGUAUUUACUGAUAUCAUUUUUAUUUCUAGAAUAUAAA